UGUUUUGCUAUCCAAAUUCCAACAAACGAUGUUCGAUUUUCAGGCAGAACAUGUAUGAAUUUCUCUCGAUCAAUACCGACGCCAACUGACGAAGGUUGCAGCAUAGGUCCAAGACAACAAGUGAACCGGUUAUCUUCCUACAUUGAUGCAGGAAUGUUAUAUGGAGACUCUAAACGUUUUAAUGAAAAUCUCAGUGGACGUGUUGGAACAUUGAGGACGUCAUCAGGUGACCUGCUUCCUCCAGGAGGACUUUGUCAUACAUCUCAAACAGAAGAUUUUUGCCAACUGGCUGGCGACGAAAGAGUGAAUGAAUUUCCUUCUUUGGGAGGUCUCCAUGUUAUUUUUCUUCGCCUUCAUAAUAUCAUUGCAAAGGAAAUAGGACAAGUUACUGGACUAUCUAGUCAAGAUGUAUUCUUGGAAACCAAAAAGAUUAUGGGCGCCAUUAUGCAACAAGUGACGUAUGGGGAAUACCUUCCCGCCAUUUUAGGGAAAGACACUCGUAAGAAAUUUUGUCUGAAACUUCGAAGAAAUGGAUAUUGGAACAGAUAUGAUCCAAAAGUGAACCCCACUGUUAAGAAUGUCAUUGCAACUGCAGCGCUUCGAUAUGGACACUCACAGAUUCCACCAGAGCUAGGCUAUAUGACGCGUAUGUUUGCUACAUCUAAAGUAUUUAAAUCGGAAGAUGUCAUCAUGGACCCCAAUAUUGUUGUUACACAACAAGGACAAAACAUUCCAGAUUUAGCGCGGUUUUUAUUGGGCACCCCUGCAAGAAAAGUUGAUAGACAAAUUGAAAAUGCUGCUAGAAAUGAAUUAUUCCCUGAUGUUAAUGGAGUAACCUUUGACCUUAUGUCAUUCAACAUUCAAAGAGGGCGGGACCACGGUUUACCCGCCUACAACGAGUGGAGGAAGUUGUGUAAACUUCCGGUAGCAACAACGUUUUCCGAAUUACAAGAUCAUAACUCCGACACAAUUGCAAGAUUGCAAGAUGUUUAUGACCACGUUGACGACAUUGAUGUUUUUGUUGGAGGGAUUUCAGAAACAACUCGCGCAGACGCAGUAGUAGGUCCUCUUUUUGAAUGUUUAUUAGGAUGGCAGUUCAAAGAACUAAGGUUUGGGGACAGAUAUUGGUACGAAACGAAGGGAAUAGAGGGAUUCUCUAGAGGUCAGCUAAGAGAAAUAAGAAAAAUGACGUUUUCUAAGAUACUUUGUGAGACAUUGAAUCUGGAUGAAAUUCAGAAAGAUGUUUUCAACCUCGUGGUAUCAAAGUAA